ACAGUCAGUUCCAUUGCUUCUUUUAAUUUUGUACAAAAACUUAAAAUCUCUAAUAAAAUGGCUACAGCAACUUUUGAUCCAAUAAACAAAAUCUGGAGUGGACUAAAACUCAAACCACUCUACAAUUCGGACCAAAAUCUUGGCUAUUUAAUUCUUCAAAUUCUUCAGCAGACUCCAGACUCAGUCACUCAAAUCUCAGCAGACACUGGUGUGUCAGUGACUUGUCAGCAAAUGUACGAUCGAUCCAUAAAGAUUGCAAAAUAUUUGACAACAUGUGGAAUGAAGGAAGGAGACUUGAUUGGGCUUGUAGCUGCAAAUACUGAGAAUCUUGCACCAAUUGUCUUUGCAAGUUUCACAUUGGGACUUCCUGUAAAUCCAUUAUCUCCAGCAAUGAAUGAAAAAGACAUCGUUCAAAUGUUUUCAAUGACGAAGCCAAAAAUGAUUUUUUGUGAUGCUGAAAAUGUGAAAAUUGUGCAAAAUGCUGUGGAUGAGAUGAAAAGUGAAGCAAAAAUAUUGACUGUGAUGGAUAAAGUUGAUGGAUAUGAGUGUGCGACUGAGAUAUUGAGGAAAAUGGAUGGCGAAAGAAUUGAUUUUGAAUUCAAGAACAUCGACUCAAGUGCAACAGCAAUAAUUCUAUGUUCAUCAGGAUCAACAGGAUUUCCAAAAGGAAUCUGCAAGUCUCAUAAGAGCAUUAUCGAAUUCGCAUAUUCGUUCUUUGAGAAACCACGUGGACAUCAAAUUGUGAUGCUUCAGUCUUCAUCAAUAUUUUGGAUUAGUGGAUUUAACAUCUUAAUUUUUUGUGUCUUAUAUAGAUCAACCAGAAUAACAACUGCAAAACCAUUUGAUCCAUUUAUGAUUGCUGACAUUAUUCAUAAAUAUCAAGUCACGGAUUUAAUAACUCCACCUUUUAUAUUCGUGGAUCUUCUCCAAAAACCUGAUUUAAAGCCAUUUACAAGUAUUGAUCAUUGGUUUGUUGGUGGAAUGAUUGUGUCUGAAAGUUUAUGUGAAAGAUUCAAGCAUUUCGUUCCUAAUGGGAAAAUAGUCAAUGGAUUUGCAUGCACAGAAGAAAGUCUUCUUACUGUUAAUAACUCUGAAGGUAAAUUCGGUAGUAUUGGAACAGUUGUUGAGAAUGCUGAAUUGAAGAUUGUUGAUGAGAAUGGAAUUUCUCUCGGACCAGAACAACUUGGCGAAAUUUACGGCAAAGUUCCAGUUCAAUUUUCAGAAUAUUUUAAUCAUCCGGAGAAAACAGCUGAAGCAUUUGAGGAUGGUUGGUUUAAAACUGGUGAUAUUGGCUAUUAUGAUGCAGCUGGCUUCUUCUACAUAGUUGACAGAAAGAAGGACCUUAUGAAAUAUUACAACUAUCAAAUCACUUCAUCUGAAAUUGAAAUGAUAAUUGAUGAAAUUGAAGGCAUAAUCAGCAGCUGUGUUGUAGGCGUUCCUAAUAGUGAAACAGGCAAUGACAUUAUUCAUGCAUUUGUUAUUGUCGACAAGUCAAAGAACUUACAAGAAAGCUUCAUACUUGACUAUGUCAAUAAAAAAGUCAUCGACCCAAAGAGAAUCCGUGGAGGUGUACACAUCGUUGAUUCAUUUCCAUUAGGAUUGACUCAAAAAGUCGAUCGAAAGGCAGUCAGAGAAAUGGCAAAGAAUUAUUAAGUAUGUAAAAAAAUUCUGUGCAUUAAAACCU